GCCUGGAACGAGACCGAAGUUCCAAUCAACAUCUCCAUCGUGACGGAGGCCAUCAAUGCCUCGGAAGAUCUUCUGGAAGAUGACAAUGAGUCCACAGAGCUGGAUGGCAACCUGUCAGCUGCGAAGCUCGUCUCAGUUAGUUUGCGAACCGACUGUUACCCAAAGGGUUGGUCCAGCCGGGCGGCUGCCGAGCAGUGGCGUGACCGAAGAGAACGUGUCGGCGGUGCCGAACUACAGCCGCUUGGCUCCUUCAAGAUGUGGUCUGAGCACAAGAUUUUCGAACAUGGUCGCGGGCAACCGCAGCAGCAGCUGUUCCUUCGCGUGUCGGAAGAUGUGCCCAUGGCUGGGAACGAGUCUGCCAACGAAAGUGACGCCUGGAACCAGACAGAACCUCCCAAUGGAGAAGCUGGCAAUGCCUCGGAUGCAUUGGAAGAUGACAAUGAGUCCGUCGUGCUGGAUGGCAAUCUGUCCAAUAGGACCGCUGAGAACUUGGCAGACGUGUCGAACAGCAGCCGCUUGAAUGCAGUGCUUCCGUCACGGCAGUGGCUCCUGGACUCUGCAAGUCGUUUGGUGAGCAAUUGGAAGUUCCAAGCUAAUGAAGGCGUGCCCAUCAUGGGGAACAAGUCCGCCAACGAUAGCAAUGCCUGGAACGAGACCCAAGUUCCCAUCAACAUCUCCGUUGUCACGGAGGCCAUCAAUGCCUCGGAAGAUCUGCUGGAUGAUGACAACGAGUCCACAGAGCUGGAUGGCAACCUGUCAGAUGCGAAGCUCGCCUCAGUUAGUUUGA